UCUCAAUCGUCCACACCACAUCCCUCUUCAAUCUACAACACCAACCAAGCCAUCAUGUUUCGCCAGGCUCUCCUCCCACGCACUGCCUCGCGCUUCGCCGCCCCGCUCCCGACGCGCUUUGUCCACACGACACCCGCAUACCGCCUUGCUGCCAAACACACGCAAGACAAGGAUUCGCUAGACCCGCAGUCUAAUGAGUACUCCAAGUCCGGCAGCGACCAAGCGACUGCAUCAUCUUCCGCAGCAUUCGAUCCCCAGACAACGAGCCCGGAAGGAGCGGAGCGCCAGGCUGAGCAAGAGGGCGGCGGCAACUCGCUAGAUGUCAGCCCCGGGAAUGCGGAUGUCAGUCAGUCUAGAGGUGAUCAAGAAGGUGGAGCGCAGGGAAGCCCAAGAACGAGCGCGAGUGGAGGUGGCAGCCCGCCGAAGGCUGGAGGUGGCAAGAGUGGGUAG